UCACGACGUCACAUCGGGCUGAACGACGCUCCUGAACGGAUCUCGUGGAUCUCGUGGAUCUCGGUCAAAGUUGUGUCGUCACGGCGCGUGGUCGCUGUGAGCUCGCGCGUCUCUCUCCUUUUUUUAUCGGAAAGCUUCGUCUCCACCGCGGAUGGUUUCGUCCACCUGAGCUCUCGUGUUCUCUCCAGGUGACGAUCUAGCAGCCGCUCCCAGGUGAAGUCUCCGCCACAUCCAGGUACCUGAACGCCUCAGCGCACACGGAUACUUCACGACCUGCAGGUGUGGUGCCGUCAGAGACUCAGGACGAAGUCAUGGCCGCCGUCAUGAUCCCGCGGGGCUGCGGCGACAGAGUGGACUCUCUCUAUUUCAAUCUGUGCGACCUCGAGGCUGUGUGGGGCAUCGUGCUGGAGGCCUUCGCGGCGGCCGGCAUCGUCUUCUCCUUCGUCUUCCUCGUCUCGCUCCUGGCCAGCAUCCCCUUCGUCAAGGACAGGAACCAGAAGAGCUCCAUCGCGCUCCUCGCCGCCUUCCUGGUCUUCGUCACGGGCCUCUUCUGCCUGACCUUCGCCUUCAUCGUGGGCAAGGACUUCUCCACCUGCGCCUCGCGGCGGUUCCUCUUCGGGGUGCUGUUCGGCGGCUGCUUCUCCUGCCUCCUGAUGCAGAGCGUGAGGCUGAACGUCCUGUCCCGGUGCGACCGGGCGCCCAGGGCCUGGGCCUUGUGUCUGGGGGCGUUGGGGCUGUGGCUCGUGGAGGUGGUCAUCAACACCGAGUGGCUGAUCAUCACGAUCGUGCGCCACCCUCUGGGGCCGCUGAACGGCACGGCCGACGCCGGCAGGGCCGCGUCCACGCCGUGCAACAUCUACAACCAGGACUUCGUGAUGGCGCUGAUCUACGUCAUGACCCUGAUCCUGGCCGUGGUGGUGGCGAGCGCGUCCGUCCUGGCCGGCAAACACUCGCACUGGAAGGCGUCCGGCGCCUUCAUCCUCCUGACCAGCUUCCUCUCCGUGUGCAUUUGGGUGGCGUGGAUCGUCAUGUACGUUUUCGGGAACGCUCAGAGCCGUGAGCCCACGUGGGACGACCCGACCUUGGCCAUCGCUCUGGUGGCGAACGCCUGGGUCUUCACCAUCCUCUACGCCAUUCCCGAAAUCUGCGGCUUGACCAGCAGCAGCGGCAGCAGCAGCAACCAGAGCGAGCAGGUGUACAACGACGUCCUGUACCCGAGCACGGGGGUGGUCGGCUACGAGACCAUCCUGAAGGAGCAGAGCGCCCACAACAUGUAUGUGGAGAACAAGGCUUUCACCAUGGACGAGCCGAGCCAAGUAACAUCACGUCCUGCGUUUGCACUCAUCCCCCCGGCAACGGUCUCGUCUGAGGGGAAAUAUUUGGCGUCAGGAGCCCAAAAGAGCGACGCCAGUCAUCGCUCUGGGUCCUUCGCACAAGUGUCCAAGCCCGUGUCUCCGUACAGCGGCUACACGGGUCAGAUGCGCAGCUCCGUCUACCAGCCGACGGAGAUCGCCCUCAUCACCAAAGCGGUGGGAAAUCGCUUCGCCUCGGACUCGCCCCAGGACCUGACCAUUCCCCGAGCAUCCACCGGCCCUUCAGCCCCCUACACCCACUGAACACACACUCAGAGUCCAACGGUCAUGAUGUGCACAGGACAAACACUCGGUGGUGAACAACUUCAAGUCGAAACAACUUCGCGUCUUCUGAUCUGCUGCCUGUGACUGUGCACGUUUGCCGUUGCUGGUGGUUCCCUAAGCUGGAUCUGAGGGGAACCUCCAGCCUCCGCACGAUGAAUAACAGAUAAACCUCCUAUUGACCGACUCUCCGCGUGGUAUCAGACAGCGACGCGGUUCAUUUGGAAGUCGAAGCGCGGGGAUGAAGCUGUGGCUUUGCUGCAGAACAAAGAGUUUUUUUUUGUUUUGUUUUGUUUUAUUUUUACAAUGGUCGAACGUUUGCUGACAGUUAAACCGUGAGCGCUUUGCUGGACCUCGACCUGCUGAUGGCACAGAAACAAUGGCAGAGAAAAUCCUUGCUAAUGUCGGGACUGACGGGGUAAACGUGGCACCAAGCUAUGAGAAGUCAUGCAUUCAGUUAACUUUAAGAUUAUUGCACAGUUAAGUUUAAAUUUUCAAUGUGUUUUUUUUUUUUUUGUGUGAAUAUUGUUAAUAACCACAAACACAUAAAGCUGAAUGAAUUAGUACGAUGUCACUUCUGUGGCCUCCACUGCAUCCAAGUAUUGUGUGAAUGUGUGUACUUGAUAUUUAAAGCACUUCUAUGUGCUGUUCGAUUAUUUGAAAUAAUUUAUAACAAACACGAGAUUAGAUGAAAUCCAGUCUGUUUCACUCACUUACCACGAUGCACAUCUUUAAUUCCGCGUAGGUUUCUUUUAUUUCCAAGUAUUUCUGAAAUACAGAACAUGGUACCCCA